AUGAAUAAAAAUUCAGAUACAAAGCAAUAUAAUAAGAAUAAGAAUAAGUAUUCCUUAUUUUUUUAUAAAAACAAAUAUUCAAACAUCAAGCAUAGUAAUAACAACAAUAAUCAGCAUUUAAACGAUCAUUUCAACAGUGUUUUUAACACAAGUGUAAAUUGUUCUUCAGGUAAUAACACUAAUAUCUUUUAUAAAAAAAAAAGUAAUUUAAAUUCUCACAACGAUAUGAGAAGUAGUAAUAUAUUGUCCUAUAACGACGAAAUGUAUAAUUUAGAAAAACGAAAACAUAUGAAUAGUUCAGGUGCUGGUUUAAAUUCUUAUAAUGUAGAUAAUAACAAUAAUAACAACAAUAAUAAUAAUACUUCAGUAAACAAAUAUAAUAAUAAUAAUAAGAAUUCUUAUAAUUUUCAAAAAAAAGAUGGAAAACAUAAUUAUGAAGAUUAUUUUAGUUGUAUACAAGAUGCAGUAAAUAGUAGUAACAAUUCAUUAAAUCAGGGUCAUCGAAAUUAUAAAAAUUAUAAUGUUGAAAAUAAUCAUGAAAAUUAUAUGAAUUUGAAUAAUUCAAAAAAUAUUAAUCGUUAUUAUGAUUUAAAUAAUAAUGCAUCUUGCAUGAAUGUGUCAGGACAAAAGAAAAUGAGUUAUUUUAAUUCGCAAAGCAAUAAUAAUAAUAAUCCAGUUCAAAACACUAAUAAUAGUAGUAACAACAACAACAACAACAAUAAUAAUAAUAAUAAUAAUGCUAUUUCGUCGAAUUAUAAUAUCUCUGAUAAAAUAAUAGGAAAUUCUGGUGAAAAAAAUAUAUUAGAAAAUAAUAUUUUAACUAGUGAUAAUAAAAAUGUCUUAUUAAAUAUAAUGAAUAGUGAGAGAAAUGAAAUAAAUGAGGGUAAAGAUGAGAAAAUGGAAAAAAAGAAUGAGAAAUUUUCAAAGGGAAAUAAUAAUAACUAUGAAAAUGCAAAAGAUUCUUUAAUGAAAAAUGAAAUGGAUAUAAAUAAUGUUUGUAAUAUAAGUAAUUUGAAUGAUAUGAAUUAUAAAAGUUUAAAUUCAUCAAGUGGUAACGCAUAUAGUAUUUCAUAUAUGUUUAUUUAUCAGUAUUAUUAUGUUCUUCAUACAAAAAAAGAAAUGAUGCAUAAUUUUUAUUCCGAAAAUGCUAUCCUGUUAAUAAGUUUUAACUAUCAGAAUUGUAAUUAUGAAAAAGAUUUAUAUAUGAAAAAUAGUAGUAAUGAUUAUGAGAAAAAGCAAAACAGUAAUAGCAAUGGUAACAAGUCAUUAAAUGAUGCAGAGAAGUUUUUUAACUUUAAUGAAAUAAAUAUUGAAGGAUGCCAUAAAAGUGAAAAUAUGAUGAAAUUAAAAAAUAGAAAAAUGAUAUAUGAAUAUUAUAAAAAUCUAGAUGUUAAUGAAUGUACUGUUCAUAUAAAUUAUAUUGAAGUGGUUAAUUUGCAUGAUGAGAUUUAUAUAUAUAUAUAUGGAAAAAUAAAAAAAUGCAAAGAUACUAAUGUAUAUUAUUUUUUCGUUCAAAAUAUUCAUUUGCACAAAUAUAAUAUAUAUCAGUACUAUGUAGACGUAGAUUUUAUUCACUAUUAUAACAUGUAUACUGGUGAUGAUCAGCAAUAUGUAAAAGAUUUCAAUUAUGAAAAUAGUAAGCUUCUAAAUAAUAUUUAUGAUAUCAAAAAUAAAGAAGACAAAAAGAAAAAGCAAAAGGCAAAUAAAUCAAAUAUAGACAAUAUUAAUGAUUUCAAGUUAGUUAAUAUGAAAAAUGAAAUGAUAAAAAAUAAAAAUAAUGAAAAAAAUUUAAUUGAUGAUAAAAAUAGAGAUAUUUUAUUAAAAAAAAAUGAGAAAGAUGAUAAUGUAUCACUUAUGGAAAACAAAUAUAAAAUGAAAUUAGGUGCAAAAGAUAAUGAAAAAAAAUAUCAAGGUGGAAAUCGUUUAAUAAGAGAAAAUAAAAAUGGAAAAAAGAAUGACGAUGAAGAAGAUGAGGAUGAAGAGGAUGAAGAGGAAGAAGAAGAUGAUGAUGAUGAUGAUGAAGAAGAUGACGAUGAAGAAGAUGAUGAAGAAGAUGAUGAUGAAGAUGAUGACGAGGAUUAUGACGAGGAUGAGGAAGAUGACGCUGAUGAAGAAAAAGAAGAAGAAAAUGAUGAAGAAGAAGACGAAGAUGAAGAAGAUGAAGAAGAUGAUGAGGAAGAUGAAGAAGAUGCUAUAAGAAAAGAAAAAAGGCAUAAUAAAGUAGCAGGUGAAGACGAAAAUGAUGAUGAUGACGACGAUGAUGAAGAUGAAGAAGAAGAAUUAAAUGAAGAGAAAAAAAGAAAAAAAAAAACUGGACAAGAAAAAAGUGAUGAAAUGGUAAUGAUAAAGAAAGGAGAAGAUAAAAAUUUAAAAAAAGCUAGCGGUUUAAUUAGCAAGGGAAAAAAUAUGAAAAAAACAAAUGAAGAAAAAGUCAAAGUAGGAAAACCUACGUCCGGACAAAUAAGUAAGUACUCUAUAGAUAAAAAAAAUAAAGAAAAAGAAAAAAAUGAAAAUUCACCAGUAAAUAAUAUUGAUUCCAUUUGUAAAGAAAUUGGAGAUAAAAUAAAUAAAAGCAAUAUAAAAGAUAAAAAUAACAAUAUUAGCAGCAACUUUAACAAUAAAGAGAAAGAUAAUAAUGAUGAAAAUUUAAAAAUGAAUGUAGAUGAAAAAAAAAUUAAAAAAAAUAAAAAUGAAAAUGCAUGGAACACGACUAAUGAAAAAUUGCCAAAGUUUGAAAAUAUUAUAAAAGAAGAAAAAAAUGCAAACGAAAUAACAAAAAAAAAAAAAAAAGAAAAAAAUAAAGUAGAUCCAGAUAGUUGGGUAUUUAGAGUUAUGAAAAAUUAUCAAAAUAAUAAUUUAGGAGAGAGAAAUGUAUUAAAUAAUCAAAAACUGGACGAGAAACAAGAACAUGAAGAAAAAGAAAAUGAAGAAAGUGCUCCAGAUGAGGAAGAGAAAAAAAGAGAAGAGAUAAAUGUUAAUGAUAAAAAAAUUAUAAUUCAUAAUAUACAUAAAAAUAUGGAUAAAAAGAAAAUAAAUGAUUGUAUUAUUGAUAGAUUAAAGAAAUAUAAUGAUGGUCAUGCUGUUCAAAUAGAUAUUUAUCAAAGAUCAGUUAAAAAAUUAUUUCCUCAUACAUUUAACUAUCAGAACAAUUACGAUAAAGUAAAACCUACAGAAUAUUCUUAUGCUAUUGCUGAAUUAGAUUGUCGACAAAGCCAACAGCUUUUGCUAGAUUUAGGUUUGUAUUGCAAUGGCAUUAAAUUAAACAUAGAAAAUUUUAAAGAAAAAAAAAAAAAUGAGAUUAAAAAAUUCAACAAAAAAUUUAAUGGAUUCAAUGCACCUUUAGAAGGAAAGACAAAAGAUGAAAAAUUUAAAAGCACUUUUCAUAGAGGAGGAGGUGGCAUGACUUUUAGAAAUAAAAGAAAUAAUAUCUUCGUAAAAUAA